CAACGUGCUGAGCUAAUAGCGACAGAUAGAGGGCAGACAGAUUCCUGCGAGCAGCUUAGAGUUAGUUGCUUGUGAUAACUAAGGCAGGUGGCAUACAUCUCAGAACGUAGAGAAUGCUGGUAUGCUUUCUGAGUUAACAUGUUGAAGUGUUUCGCUUUUUUUAAAAAAAAAAAAUGUCUAGUAACAUUUUCUUGAUGAUAUGAGAGUGGAUAUCAAUGCCUCACAGAAACAAGAGGUGGAACAUGUGAAUGAAUCGUCUUGGAAUUAGAUUAUGAGCAUUGGUUCUUUUUAAAGGGAUGUGCAAGAGGCAGCCUUGGCAAGAAAACUUGCUGCAUAAUCUUACGUGGACUAAAGAUGAAACUUUAAACCGCAAAUCAGCUUUGAGUGAGCUUUGACAGAAGAUGUUUCGACGGUUUUAUCUCUGGACGUGUUUAGCUUCAGGGAUCAUCCUGGGCUCUCUCGUUGAAAUCUGCUUGGGCCAGUAUGAUGAUGAUUGCAAACUAGCUAGGGGAGGACCUCCAGCUACCAUAGUUGCUAUUGAUGAAGAGAGUCGGAAUGGUACAAUUCUGGUGGACAACAUGCUGAUCAAAGGGACUGCUGGAGGUCCAGACCCCACCAUAGAACUUUCUUUAAAGGACAAUGUGGAUUACUGGGUGUUGAUGGAUCCUGUUAAGCAAAUGCUUUUCCUGAACAGCACCGGGAGAGUUCUGGAUAGAGAUCCACCGAUGAACAUACACUCCAUUGUGGUGCAGGUCCAGUGCAUCAACAAAAAAGUGGGCACGAUUAUCUACCAUGAAGUGCGAAUAGUGGUGAGAGACAGGAAUGACAACUCACCCACUUUCAAGCAUGAAAGCUACUAUGCCACAGUAAACGAGCUCACUCCAGUUGGUACCACGAUAUUCACAGGAUUUUCAGGAGACAAUGGAGCUACAGAUAUAGAUGAUGGACCAAAUGGACAGAUAGAGUAUGUUAUUCAGUAUAAUCCAGAUGAUCCGACAUCGAAUGACACCUUUGAAAUUCCUCUAAUGUUGACUGGAAAUGUAGUGUUAAGGAAGAGACUCAACUAUGAAGAUAAGACUCGCUACUUUGUCAUCAUCCAAGCUAAUGACCGUGCCCAAAAUCUGAACGAGAGGCGAACCACCACCACCACUCUCACAGUGGAUGUUCUGGAUGGAGAUGACUUAGGUCCAAUGUUUCUUCCUUGUGUCCUUGUGCCAAAGACUCGUGAUUGCCGUCCACUCACUUAUCAAGCUGCCAUACCUGAGUUGAGAACUCCGGAAGAACUGAACCCCAUUGUUGUUACGCCACCAAUUCAAGCCGUAGAUCAGGACCGGAAUAUUCAACCGCCAUCAGAUAGGCCAGGAAUCCUCUAUUCCAUCCUUGUUGGGACUCCUGAGGAUUACCCACGGUUUUUCCAUAUGCAUCCUAGGACAGCAGAACUUAGUCUCCUGGAGCCAGUCAACAGAGACUUUCACCAGAAAUUUGAUUUGGUUAUUAAGGCUGAACAAGACAAUGGUCAUCCUCUUCCUGCCUUUGCCAGUCUACACAUUGAAAUACUGGAUGAAAACAAUCAAAGCCCAUAUUUUACAAUGCCCAGUUACCAAGGCUAUAUCCUGGAAUCUGCCCCAGUGGGAGCAACCAUUUCGGACAGUCUCAAUUUGACCUCACCUUUAAGAAUAGUAGCUCUGGACAAGGACGUAGAAGAUACAAAAGACCCAGAGCUUCAUCUUUUUCUGAAUGACUACACCUCAGUCUUCACCGUCACACAGACUGGUAUUACUCGCUACCUCACCUUACUUCAACCAGUGGACAGGGAAGAACAGCAAACUUACACCUUUUCGAUAACAGCAUUUGAUGGUGUACAAGAAAGUGAGCCAGUCAUCGUCAAUAUUCAAGUGAUGGAUGCAAAUGAUAACACACCAACCUUCCCUGAAAUAUCCUAUGAUGUGUAUGUUUAUACAGAUAUGAGACCUGGGGACAGUGUCAUACAGCUCACUGCAGUCGACGCAGACGAAGGGUCAAAUGGAGAGAUCACAUAUGAAAUCCUUGUUGGGGCUCAGGGAGACUUCAUCAUCAAUAAAACAACAGGGCUUAUCACCAUCGCUCCGGGGGUGGAAAUGAUAGUCGGGCGGACGUACGCACUCACCGUCCAAGCAGCGGAUAAUGCUCCUCCUGCAGAGAGAAGGCACUCCAUCUGUACUGUGUACAUUGAAGUGCUUCCACCAAAUAAUCAAAGCCCUCCUCGCUUCCCACAGCUGAUGUAUAGCCUUGAAAUUAGUGAAGCCAUGAGGGUUGGUGCUGUUUUAUUAAAUCUACAGGCAACUGAUCGAGAGGGAGACCCAAUAACAUAUGCCAUUGAGAAUGGAGAUCCUCAGAGAGUUUUUAAUCUUUCAGAAACCACGGGGAUUCUAACCUUAGGGAAAGCACUGGACAGGGAAAGCACUGAUCGCUACAUUCUGAUCAUCACAGCUUCAGACGGCAGGCCAGAUGGGACCUCAACUGCCACAGUAAACGUGGUGGUGACAGAUGUCAAUGACAAUGCUCCAGUGUUUGAUCCUUAUCUGCCAAGAAAUUUAUCUGUGGUGGAGGAAGAAGCCAAUGCCUUUGUGGGUCAAGUAAAAGCAACAGACCCUGAUGCUGGAAUAAAUGGUCAAGUGCACUACAGUUUGGGUAACUUUAAUAAUCUUUUUCGUAUCACAUCCAAUGGGAGCAUUUACACAGCAGUGAAGCUUAACAGAGAAGUCAGGGACUACUAUGAACUUGUUGUUGUGGCAACAGAUGGAGCAGUACACCCUCGUCAUUCAACUGUAACCCUGGCCAUCAAGGUUUUGGACAUCGAUGAUAAUAGUCCUGUGUUCACCAAUUCAACGUACACUGUCUUUGUUGAGGAGAAUCUGCCAGCUGGGACCACCAUCCUUCAAAUAGAGGCCAAAGAUGUCGACCUUGGAGCAAAUGUGUCUUACCGGAUAAGAAGCCCAGAAGUGAAGCAUUUUUUUGCGCUACAUCCAUUUACAGGAGAACUAUCCCUUUUAAGGAGUUUAGAUUAUGAGGCAUUUCCAGACCAAGAAGCAAGUAUCACUUUUCUAGUAGAGGCCUUUGAUAUUUAUGGAACAAUGCCUCCUGGUAUUGCUACUGUCACAGUGAUUGUAAAGGAUAUGAAUGAUUAUCCUCCUGUCUUUAGUAAACGAAUAUACAAAGGGAUGGUGGCUCCAGAUGCAGUCAAGGGUACACCUAUCACAACAGUUUAUGCUGAAGAUGCAGACCCUCCUGGAUUACCUGCAAGUCGUGUGAGGUAUAGAGUAGAUGAUGUCCAGUUUCCUUACCCUGCCAGUAUUUUUGAUGUGGAAGAAGAUUCUGGAAGAGUAAUAACACGAGUCAAUCUUAAUGAAGAACCUACAACAAUUUUUAAGUUGGUGGUGGUUGCUUUUGAUGAUGGGGAGCCUGUGAUGUCCAGCAGUGCCACAGUGAAGAUUCUUGUCUUACAUCCUGGUGAGAUCCCACGCUUCACACAGGAGGAAUAUAGACCUCCUCCAGUAAGUGAACUUGCCACCAAAGGAACCAUGGUUGCUGUAAUUUCUGCUGCUGCCAUUAAUCAAAGUAUUGUAUACUCCAUUGUUUCAGGAAAUGAAGAAGAUACAUUUGGAAUUAAUAACAUCACAGGUGUUAUCUAUGUGAAUGGACCUCUGGAUUAUGAGACCAGGACAAGCUAUGUUCUUCGAGUCCAAGCUGAUUCCCUGGAAGUGGUACUUGCCAAUCUCCGAGUUCCUUCAAAAAGCAAUACAGCUAAAGUAUACAUUGAGAUUCAGGAUGAAAAUAAUCAUCCCCCAGUGUUUCAGAAAAAAUUCUACAUCGGAGGUGUAUCUGAAGAUGCAAGAAUGUUUACUUCUGUACUCAGAGUGAAGGCUGCUGAUAAAGAUACGGGCAAUUAUAGUGUCAUGGCCUACAGACUCAUAAUACCACCAAUUAAAGAGGGAAAAGAAGGAUUUGUAGUGGAAACAUAUACAGGGCUUAUCAAAACUGCUAUGCUCUUCCACAAUAUGAGGAGAUCCUACUUCAAGUUUCAAGUUAUUGCAACUGACGACUAUGGGAAGGGACUGAGUGGCAAAGCCGAUGUACUUGUCUCUGUGGUCAAUCAGCUGGAUAUGCAAGUCAUUGUUUCCAAUGUGCCUCCUACUCUAGUGGAAAAAAAGAUAGAAGAUCUAACAGAGAUCUUGGAUCGCUAUGUUCAGGAACAAAUUCCUGGUGCCAAGGUUGUAGUGGAGUCCAUUGGUGCUCGCCGACAUGGAGAUGCCUUUUCCCUAGAAGAUUACACCAAAUGUGACUUGACUGUCUAUGCAAUCGACCCCCAAACCAACAGAGCCAUCGAUAGAAAUGAGCUUUUUAAAUUUUUGGAUGGCAAACUGCUUGAUAUCAAUAAAGACUUUCAGCCGUAUUAUGGGGAAGGAGGACGCAUUCUGGAGAUCCGGACUCCAGAGGCAGUGACCAGCAUUAAAAAGAGAGGAGAGAGUCUAGGAUACACAGAAGGGGCCUUGUUGGCUCUGGCCUUCAUCAUCAUCCUCUGCUGCAUUCCUGCCAUCUUGGUGGUUUUGGUCAGCUACAGACAGUUUAAAGUACGUCAAGCUGAGUGCACAAAGACUGCACGAAUUCAGGCCGCAUUACCCGCGGCUAAACCAGCAGCGCCGGCCCCUGCACCAGUGGCAGCGCCCCCACCGCCGCCGCCGCCUCCACCAGGUGCGCAUCUCUAUGAAGAACUUGGAGACAGCUCAAUGUAUGAAAUGCCUCAAUAUGGGAGUCGCCGUCGAUUGUUACCACCAGCUGGACAAGAGGAAUAUGGUGAGGUGGUUGGUGAAGCUGAGGAAGAAUAUGAGGAGGAAGAGUGGGCAAGAAAAAGAAUGAUCAAGUUAGUUGUAGAUCGAGAGUAUGAAACCAGCUCAACUGGAGAAGACAGCGCUCCUGAAUGUCAGAGAAACCGUCUUCACCAUCCUAGUAUCCACAGUAGUAUCAAUGGCAAUAUAUAUAUUGCACAGAAUGGUUCUGUGGUGAGAACCCGCCGUGCCUGCCUCACGGACAACUUAAAAGUUGCUUCCCCUGUUCGAUUGGGAAGGCACUUUAAGAAACUAGACAAGUUGGCAGUGACACAUGAGGAGAAUGUGCCUCUGAACACAUUAUCAAAGGGGCCAUUUUCUACUGAGAAAAUGAAUGCAAGACCAACUCUGGUUACAUUUGCCCCUUGCCCUGUGGGGACUGACAAUACAGCGGUGAAGCCACUAGGGAACAGGCUGAAAAGCACAGUUGAACAGGAGUCCAUGAUUGACAGUAAGAACAUCAAGGAGGCUUUGGAAUUUCAUAGUGAUCACACACAGUCUGAUGAUGAAGAGCUUUGGAUGGGUCCCUGGAAUAACCUCCAUAUACCAAUGACAAAACUGUGACCAAUUUUUUUAAAAGAUAUUUUAAUUUUUACUUCCGUUUUUAAUAAACCGUGCUUUUUAUUGUCACUGAGAAGACAAUGUAUGGAAUUUAUAUCGUGCACACAAGCUAAAACUUUGAACAAUAUGCUUUAAAAUUUUAAAAGAGACAGAUUUGCAUUUACAUUGUUAUCAAUUAAUUGUUUUUCCCAGAAAAUCCUUCUGGACAUACUUUCACUAAAUAACCUAUCGUUUAAACAUUUAGCUGUUUUGUUGGGUCUUGAAUUUUUUUCGUUUUAAUAAACAAGAAAUAAUUACUAAGUAAUUUAUAUUUUAUUGAUUAAUAUAGAUUAUGCCUCAUUUCUAGCUCCACAAAACCUUUUUAGUACAUGUAAUUUUAUUUUCCAUAGCCAAAAGGGCAAAAAGGAAAUAGAGGAUAUUUACAGGCAAUGAGUUUAUACAGCUGCUGUCUAUACUGCCCUAAUUUUUAAAAUGAAAUGAAAGCUAGAAUUGCAAAGUAAAGUAAAUGAGGGAAUCACCUGUAAAUUAUUUUAAAUCAUGAGCUUGUUUUCUUUAUUGUUCAGUAUAAAGGUUUUCACAUUUUACCAUAAAUACAUUUAUAUCUUGACCCUUUAGGAAACCACUUGAAGUCACAUGUCUUUUUAUCAAUAUUAUUUACAAUAUUCCCUGGUCCCUCUAUCUCAUAUCAAAUAUGGUAGAUAAUUAAGUUUAAUCACUUGAGGUUAAAUAAUUGUUUGGAGCAACAUGGAAAUCUCACCAUUAGCAAAGCUUUUAGGGGAGUGAGAAAGGUUCUAGUAAGCAAUAAUGCAUCUAGAAUGACAAUAAUGGAAGACAUGGUGAGAAUAGGGAAGUCUCCCAUUAAUGUCACUAGACUUUAAUAGUUUGUAAACCCAGCAUAUCAGAGUAAAGGAAUUUGGCAGGGUUGAAAUUUAUAUAAUAUAGGAAGCCUAUAAAGGCUAUGAAUUCAUAACUUCAAAUGUUGUGUUUAACUUCUUCCAUUUUCAGUUUAUUUAUAGAAUAUUUUAAUGCACAUAUUUGUGUGCCUAAAAUCCAGAACCAGGAAAUCAUUGCCUGGGCAUUUUUUAAAAUCAAAGAACAUAGUCUUGAUUUUUUACCAUUGAACAAAGCACAGUGUUUCAUCAUAAAUAGAAAUGAAAACAGAAUAUCCUUUUAAAAACUUGCCUUGUGUGUUGCUUAUUUUCCAGAUGUAAAAAGAAUGAAACAAUAUAGAUUAAGAGAAUUCAGCAUUCUAUUGAAUAUUACUUAGUAUGAUAUAGAUGUAGCUCACUUCAAAUUUUGCACAGUAUUGACCAAGUUCAGGUUUUAAUGAAAUUUCCUCAUGCAUGCUUAAUAUAUGGUUGAAGGAUUGAAUAAUGCACUAUUAUUUAUUUCCCCUUACAUGUUUCACAUCUUAAAAAUUGUUUAUUAUUAUGCUAUUUCCUUAUUUCCAAAGCAAAUGAAUUGUAUUAAUAUAAACUUGCCAACUUGUAAGAGUAGUAUGUUUUUACUUCAGAUUUCCAAGAAAAUAUUUGAGAUCAAAUACAGUAACAUCUCAUCUACCUUAUUUUAUUGAAAAUUAAUGCAUUCCAUACCCUUGCAAAAAAAAAAAAAAAAAUACCUAGUGGCAUCAGCUAAGAGAUUAGAAACAUAGACUCAUGACCAUACUUCCUAGUCUACCAAACAAGCAUCCACAUCUUCAAAAGAUCCUAAGGUGGUUUAUAUGCAUAUUAAAAUUUGGAAGCAAUGAAGUCUGGGGCUUAUUCCUUCAAGCACCAAAGCAAGGGUUUUUAGUAUAGGAUACUUUGUAUAGGAAUUAGAUUGAGCAUGUAUUUCUCUACUAAUUCAAUCAGAGGUCAUCGAAUAUAAUUUAUUAUUAUCUUGAUACCCCCAGAUCAUCUCAGUCAGCAUCCCAUGAUAUUCUCUCUAUAUACAGCUUCAUAUUGUGUUUUUGUCCUUUGAUUUCUGGCUGUGACAUUUAACUUAUUCUGUUAUUGUGCCUUUCUCACAGUUUUUUUUCUUUCAGUUUACAGCUUCUAGUAUCCUGGUGGGAAAGUUUGUGUUUCUGUUUGUUUUCUUAUUAUUGAAAAAUCUUGAAGCUUAAGAUGGGAAUUAGGUACAUGGAUUCAAGCAAAUGUUUUGCGACUCUUAGAUGCUUUUUUUGGUUACCAGUAGAUUUGGAAAUCUGAUGUUGACAGAAGUCUCAUGGCCUGAUAUAUGAGAUGUCACUGUAUUUUAAACUACAUUUUUUAUGAGAAAAUAUGCAAAAUUUUACAAACCACUUAGCAUACACAUUUCAGUAAUUUAAACUUGAUUAUUUCAUUACAAACAAUCAUGAAGUCGAUCUAUUACUUAAUGGAGAUAGCAUAAAGAGAAGCAGAAUUUACACAGAGCAACCAAACCAAAUAUUUGGUCAGUAUAUUUUGGGUAGACGAGCAGCAAAAUUAUUACUAACUAAAUAAAUCCAAAUCAAUUUAAUAGUUACUUUAAUAGAAAUUUCACUAGUCUAUAAAUCCCUGACUCACGAUCAAAACUGUGGAACCCAGAAGAAAUACCCAAGUGUGUUUAAUCUUAAGAAUACUUCAUAUAAAUAAUGUUUCAAUGCAAAUAUUUAUAAAGAAAUUGGUUGUUAUUUUUCCUAGAAAGGUGUAGGAAGGUUUCCUUGUUGUUCUCAAUCAUCACUAGCUUCAGUCAGGCAGAAGAAACAGCAGGUCUUGGCUAAUCAAGAUGAGAACAGAUGAUGUAAUGACUAACAUUGCAACCUGUUGAUUUUAGGUCUUGUGGGCAUUAAGAGAAAGCAGAGGAAGAAUGAGAAAAUAUAGUCAGAGUGACAUAGGACAUUUGUGACAAUGACCAUCGAAUCACAGAUGUUAAUCUCCCUCUCUCAAUUUGUCUUUUUCACUAAUUACAGACUCUGAGAGUUGUAAUAGAAUUGCAACUGUAGGUUGGCCAAAACCAUCUUUUUAAAAUACAGAAAAAAGUUUGCCUUGAAUUUUAUAUGUAAUAUGUCAUUUAUGUUAUUAUACCACAUUGUUCACAGGGAUGUUAAAAUGUAUUAUUUACUUAAGUGGUUGUUCCAAAGGUGAUUCAGUAGUUACUAUAAAAUAUUGUUUAGAAACAUUUUUAUAUCAUAGAGCCAGAAGUAACUGAAUAUUGACUCUCAAGGGAAGACAUUUUCUUUCUUUUAUUUCAUGAGCUUUGAUUUUUCUCUUUCUCUGCUUCACCUUCUUUGUUUUAUACCAUAAGUGAGAUUUAUAUACCACUUGAAUUUAAUUAGUAAAAUAGGCAAAAAGUGCUAAUAAUCUAUUCUCAGGGCAGAUGCCUAUUGGUGCCUGCAAAUUACAUAGCGAUAAGGCUGAGGGAUAGGUUCAAAAUAAUACUGAGUACUUACACAUUUUAUUGAUAGUUUCUUUCUAUUCCCAAAUGGUAUGUGAAAUUUUUGUUCUAAUUUUUUUAUUGGUUUUCAGUAGUUAACUCUGAUCUUUAUCAUAAGAAUCUUUAGUUAUAGAUUGGUAUUUUUUCAUUGCAAUCUACUUUAAAUUUGUGGUCAGUUAAGCACAUGUAUGGAAGACUCAAACAUUGUCUAUAGUUUGAAAAAUCUAUCGACACCUUCACUGCUUUCCAAUUUCUUUAUCCAAAUACCUGUUCUUCCUUAACAAAUAUUAUGUUACUGUAUGAAGAAUCUGAAUUAGAAGUUUUAAGUUAAAAUGCAUUGUUAUUCACUACACAAUGUUUCAAAAAUAAAUUUUUCAUUUGAAAA